AUGCGAUCCCAUUCCUCCUCAUUUGUGCUCAAGAAACGCGACGGCUGUGCCGUCUGCAACAACAUCGCGCCCUGCCCCGCGUGUCCCAAGGGCCAACAGUGCCAGCAGAUCUUCCGCACAUCGUGCCAGGACUGUCCCGUCAACAAGUGCGUCCCCAUCCCAGGCUACACCGCCGACAGCGGCCCCAACAAGUCGGCGCUGGGCGGUGGGCUGGCGGCGCUCGUCAUUGUCGCGCUCGGUGCGUUUGCUUGGUGGUUCUGGCGAAGGCUCAGGGCGAAGCGUCGCCGCAUCGCGCUGCAUGAAAACGCACUCGAGCGCCGAGAAAAGCUCAAAAACGAAAAGGAGGCUACGACGCUCCAGCUCGGCGGUGGUAGGGCGGGCAGCGACGAUGCUGGCUCGCAAUUCGCCAUUGCGGACGACGAUGACCUCACCGAGUAUACGCAGGUGACCGGCUCGCUCGUUAGUCAGGAUAGCGAUUCGCUCGGCGCGCUUGCGGCGCCCGGCGCAUUCCGCCGCCGCUCGUUUGGAGCUGCGACGCAUCUGUCGCGCAUCACCGAGGGCGCAGAGGAGGAGGAGGACGAACCCAUGCCGCCGCUUCCCACCGGCGCAGGCGCCGCCGCGGCGGGCGUGGGCAAGCGCGCCACGGCACACUCGGUACGCUCUAGCGCACGAUCCUUCGUCAGCGCCGCUGGACCGCGCAUCAGCAUCGGCUCCGGCACCAGCUUUGGCUCGCACAACAUCAUCCCCAUCGCAUUCAAGCCGACGACGCCGACAACUGCGCAGGACGCAGACGAGGCUGCAUCCGAGGGAUACGAGACGGUGUCUUCUUUGCCGCUGCCAUCCGCUGCGCACCGUGCACCCGGCGCGCGCGUGAUCGAGGUCAACACCGCGCGUCAGGCGCCCGUGCGCCCUACACGCGCACCGGACCUCAACCUGCGUCUUCCCGACACGCAGCGGGGCGCGUCGCCGUCGUCGCCGCUCGCAAGCGCGCCGGCGGGGGUGGAGGAGCAGCCGGCGUACGGGUUCAUGUCGAUCGACCCGGUGCAGGCGUACGCGCGCUCGGAGCGACCGCUGUCGGCCGCCACGGUCAACACGAUCGGCUCGACGCACUCGGGCAGUCUCUCGUACGUGCUCUCGGCACCGCAGGUCAUCACGCCCGUCAGCGCCGAGGGCGCGCGUCGCGUCCAGCUCGGAAACGGCGGCAAGGCGCAGCUCGUGCGCGUCCCCAGCGGCAAGCGCACCAAGGCGGACGGGGGUGAGGAUCCUUUUCAAGACCCGGCGCAUGGGGGAGAAUUGGCACCUCCAAGGGCAGGAAGGUUCGAAAGGACGUCGACCGUGUCGACGUCGACACUGGGGAUUCCGUUUGGCGACGACCCGUUCGGACCAGCCGUGCAGCCCGACCAGCACGCUUCGCCGUUGGAUGCCGACGAACGCACGUCCUGGCUCGGCGACGAUCCGUUCACCGACCCCACCGCCGGCGCAGAGGCGCAACCACGCACAAGCAUCGGAGGACUCAGCCUGCUGGGCCAGUUCGAGUUCGACUUUGCCCGCAACCAGGCCGAUACCGCCCCACUCCCCAGCGACGCACUGAAGCGUGUAGAACAGCACAAGUAG